AGCCCCCUUUUCUCCAAGUCCCAAGAGGCCCCCUCUCUCUCUCUCUCUCUCCCCUCCAUUCCACUUCCUCUCUCUAGCUUCUGCCCUCCAAUUGCGAUGUCGAUGGCGAUUGCGGCGGUACCAGAGAAUCUAACCAGAGAGCAGUACGUCUACAUGGCUAAGCUCGCGGAGCAAGCUGAGCGCUACGAAGAGAUGGUAAAAUUCAUGGAAAAGCUCGUAAUCGGCUCCACCUCAGCCGGCUUCGAGCUGACCGUAGAGGAGAGAAACCUCCUCUCCGUUGCCUACAAGAACGUGAUAGGGUCGCUGAGAGCGGCGUGGAGGAUCGUGUCGUCGAUAGAGCAGAAGGAGGAGGGGAGGAAGAACGAAGAGCACGUGGUGCUGGUGAAGGACUACAGAUCCAUGGUGGAAUCGGAGCUGUCUGAUGUGUGUGCUGGAAUUCUGAAGCUGUUGGAUUCGCAUCUCAUACCCUCAGCAUCGGCAAGUGAGUCCAAAGUGUUUUACUUGAAGAUGAAAGGUGAUUAUCAUCGUUACAUGGCCGAAUUCAAGGUUGGGACUCAGAGGAAAGAGGCAGCUGAGGACACUAUGCUCUCCUACAAGGCUGCUCAGGAUAUUGCGGUUGCUGAUCUUGCUCCAACUCACCCUAUAAGGUUGGGGCUGGCACUCAACUUCUCGGUUUUCUACUAUGAGAUUCUAAAUGCAUCAGAGAAAGCUUGUAGCAUGGCUAAACAGGCCUUUGAGGAAGCCAUUGCUCAGCUGGACACUUUGGGAGAGGAGUCUUACAAGGACAGCACUCUUAUCAUGCAACUACUGAGGGACAAUCUCACUCUUUGGACUUCAGAUAUGCAGGAGCAAAUAGACGAGGCUUGAGCUGAUGAACCAGUCUCUCCUCGAGGGAGGUGGGCUUGAAAUGUCAUAAUCUUUCUGUAAUUUGCAUGUAUAAAACUGAACAUGUCCUCAUAUUCUUAGUAUGCACUGUAAUGAUUUGCUAAUUAAAACUUGCUCUGGUUUCAAAAUCCGGAUUUCAUGAUUUCUGUUGAUGGUCGCUUAAAGUUAGUCUCUGGAUUUUUAUUUUGUUAUCUUGUUGUAAAAUAAUUUUUGUGCCAAAGUUCAAAUGAAUUCUCUCUCAA